AUGCCUGCACCACCAGUGGUGGCCGAGGAGGUGAAUGGGGCGCCAGCGGUGCCGUUGACAGAGCUGGAAGAGUUGCAAAUGAAGGCCAAUUCGGCGACCGAUGACUCGCUGGAGUCGACGCGACGGAUGUUAGCUCUUUGCGAUGAGUCCAAGGAGGCGGGCAUCCGGACACUCGUGGCACUCGACGAACAGGGCGAACAACUGGACCGCAUCGAGGAGGACAUGGAUAAGAUCAACACUGACAUGAAGGAGGCCGAGAAGAACCUGACGGGCAUGGAGAAGUGCUGCGGCAUCUGUGUCUGUCCGUGCGGUAAGUCCAGCGAGUUCAAGGAGGACGCGGGCACCUGGAAGUCAUCGGGCGAUGGCGUCGUGUCGGGACAGCCCGCCGCUCGUGUGGUGGACGAGCGCAACGGUGGAGGCAUUAUCUCCACGCAAUACAUCGGAAGGAUCACCAAAGACGCGCGCGAAGACGAGAUGGAGGACAAUAUGGGACAGGUGUCCACUAUGAUCGGGAACCUCAGGAAUAUGGCCAUCGAUAUGGGACAGGAGAUCGGCUCUCAGAACCAACAGUUGGGUCGAAUCAAUGAUAAGGCCGAGUCUAAUAAGAACCGAAUACAAGGCGCUAACGAAAGGGCGCAGAAACUCCUCAAAUAA